AUGGAAAAUAUUAGAGUCUUAGUUAGGGUUAGGCCAUUAAAUUAUAGAGAAACUCAUUUAGGUGCAAAUGCUUGUGUUUCUACAACUGCUAAUUCCAUUACAUUGGAUAAUAAGAAAGAAUAUACUUAUGAUCAUGUAUUGGGUGCUGAUUCAACAUAAGAAUAAGUCUUUGAUAAAAUUGGUAAUUCUACACUUCAAUCAUUUCUUGAUGGUUUGAAUUGUUGUAUUUUUGCAUAUGGUUAAACAGGUGCUGGCAAAACUUAUACAAUGUAAGGAAAAGGUUAUGAUGAUAUUACAAAUGAUAGUAUACAUUUAGGAUUAUAACCACGUUUGAUUUAGUAAUUAUUUAAAGAAUUACCAAAAGAGAAUAAUUGGACAAUCAAAUGUACUUAUUUAGAAAUUUAUAAUGAAUAAUUGAUUGAUCUUUUAAAUGAUGCUAAACCUAUGCCUUUAACAAUUAGAGAAGAUUCUAAACGAGUUUAUGUUGAAAAUCUUACAGAAAUUGCAGCAUAAUCAUUUAAUGAUGUUUUAUCUUUAAUGUAAAGAGGAUUAGCCAAUAGACAUGUAUCUGCAACAUAAAUGAAUUUGGAGAGUUCUAGAAGUCAUUCUAUAUUCACUUUAUAAAUGGAAUAAAGAACAAAAGGAAUGUAUACAAGAAGAAGUAAAUUGAAUUUUGUUGAUUUGGCUGGAAGUGAAAGAUAAAAAUUAACAGCAGCUACUGGAGAAAGAUUAAAAGAGGCAUCUAAUAUUAAUAAAUCUCUUACUGUUUUAGGUUUAGUAAUUAAUUCUUUGGCUGAAAAUCCAAAGAAAUUUAUACCUUAUAGAGAUAGUAAAUUGACAUUUCUUUUAAGAGAAAGUUUAGGAGGAAAUUCUAAAACUGUUAUGAUAGCAACAAUAUCUGCAGCUAGUUCUUCCUUUUAAGAAACUUUAGGAACAUUAAAAUUUGCUUCAAGAGCCAAAAAUAUUAAGAAUUAAGCUAUAGUAAAUGAAGAAGUUGGUGGUAAUUUGGAAUCUUUGAAAGCAGAAAUAAAACGAUUGAAAAAUGAAUUAUAAUAAUCUGUUUUUUAAUCUGAGAUUAUUCCAAAAAAAUAAAAGGAAGUUGAAUUAGUUUCAAAAAUAAAUACUUUAAAUUAUUAAUUAAAUGAAAGUGGUUAAUAUUAAGAUUAAUUGACAAAAGAACUUAAAUAAAUGAAAGAGUAUUAUGAAUCUAGAAUAACUGAAUUGGAAGAUUAUAAUACUAAAAAUCAUAAAUGUUCGCAAUUAGGUAUGUAAGAUAAAGACUUAUAAUUGGAAUAGGCAUUAGAAAUUUAAAAAGAUUUGAAAUAUAAAAAUGAAUUAUUAAAUUAAAGAAUUAUGGAAUUAUAAUAGGAAGAAACCAUUUUGAAACAUAGAAGAAAUGAAUAAUAAUUGAUUAUCACAUAAUAAGAGUAGAAUUUAUAAAUACUAUAAAAAGAUAAAGAAAUAUUAAUGGAUUAAUUCAAAGAAUAAGUUUAAUUAAUCUAAAAGUAUGAAACUUAAUUAGAGACAUUUUAAGAAGAUAAAGUUUAAUAAUUAUAAGAACUUGAAAAUAAAAUAUGUGAACUUAAUGAUUAAUUAUAAAUUAAUAAAGAUUAAAUGGAUACUGAUGCAUAAACUAUUGAAUUUUAGAGUGGAGAAAUUGAAAGAUUAUAAAAUGAAAUUGAAUUCAAUAAAUCUUUAGUUGAAAAAUUAUAAUUAGAAUGUAUAAAUUUAAAAGAUUAAAUACUUUAAAAAGAAAAUUUGAUUGAAGAUUAAUUGAAAGAGCUUUUAAAAUGUAAAAGAAGAACAUAAUUUAAGUCAAAAAAAUUUCUAAAAUCUUUAAAAAUAUUAAAAAAAGAAAAAGAGAAUUUUAUAUAAAUGGAAUAAAAAUAAAUUGAAUUCUUAUCUUAAUUAAAUGCUACAAUGGAAUUAGAAGAGAGUAAGUUGACAAAUGAUUUUAUUAAGUAGGCUGUUUUAUCAAAAUUUCAAGAUGUUAAGUAACAAUUUAAUAAAUAAUAAUAAGAAUCUUAAUUAUUAAAUGAAUAGAAAAUUUAUUACUCAGAUUUAUUUCAUUAAACUUAGUUUAAUUUGGAUGAAGUUAAAAGAUAAAAUUUAGAAUUAUAACAAGAAAUAGAAAAAAAUAAAGUAAAUUAAGAAGAAGUCUAAAAGUAUGGAUAAUUAUAAUAAGAGUUUAAAUUUUAAAAAGAAAAAUUAAGUAAAUUUUUAGAUAGUUUUGAUAUAAUUAAUCAAAAAUUAAUAAUGAAAGAAAAUGAAGUAUUAAAACUAAGAUCUGAAUUGAAAUUAGAGUAAACUUAAAAAUAAAAGUCAUUGGAGGAAAUUGAUAAGUAUUUUUAAUUAAUAUCAAAGACUACGUACAGCCAAGAUUGAAUUAUCGAAUUUAAAAACAGAGUUAGAAUAAACAAUAUAAUAGAUUCAAUGUAAUAAUCAAAAUGAGACAGAUGAAAAUAAGUAAAAGAAGUUAUCAGAUAAUGUUCUUAUGUUAUAGAAGGCUAAUUAAAAACUUAAUACUGAUUUAGCUACUUUAUAAAGAUAGUACAAAUAGCUAUAAGAGGAGAAAGAUAUAAUGUAAAAAAAAUAUGAAGAAAAACUUAUGUAUUAGGUUGAUAUAAAUAAAUUAAGAAAAGAUAUCAAUAUUACAAAUCAAUUAAAAUAAUAAUUAGAUAAAAAGGAAAGAGAAUAUCAAUAAUUAUUUGAUGAAACUAAAAUAUUAGAGGAUUUUUUUAAGAAUAUAAAUGUAAAGAGAUUUUGUAAUUAUCAAAUUCAAAAUGAAGGAACAAUAAGUGAGAAAAUAAAAUCAUAUUUCGAAUUUUUGGAUGUAUAUAUAUUAAUAUUAAUAUUUUAGCAAUGUGAGUAAGAAUUCGAAACUAAAUAAUUUCAAUUAAAAUCCAAUUUACAAUUGUUGCAUAUAGAAUAGGCAAAUUGUAAUAUAGUUAAAGAAGAAAAUAGAUUGCUAAAAAUGCAAUUGAAAAUGUGA